ACGUAACGGACGGCUGAAGUUACGCGGAAAGUGGGCCGGCGUGACUGAGCUAUACCAGCUCCCGCUGAGUCCCGGAGGCAACGCGGCCACUUACAACUGUGGCGAUCCCGAAGUCAGCGGCCACACAGAGAGGCAGGCUGGGUGGAGCUGGUGGCCUCCGGAGCCCCGGGCCGGGUUUCAGCCUCGGGUGCAGCAUAUUUUUAAGGUGCAAUGAAAGGCUUCUAUGCUUUCUGUAUUGUCCUUUUGGUGUUUGGGAGGGUCUCUGAGGCCAAGCUUGAUGACUUUGAGGAUGAGGAAGACAUAGUGGAGUAUGACGAUAAUGACUUUGCGGAAUUUGAGGAUGUCAUGGAAGAUUCUGUUACGGACUCGCCUCGACGAGUGAUAACGACUGAAGAUGAUGAAGAGGAGACCACAGUGGAGUUAGAAGGACAAGAUGAAAACCAAGAAGGAGAUUUUGAAGACUCAGAUACCCAGGAGGGAGACACUGAGAGUGAGCCCUAUGAUGACGAAGAAUUCGAAGGUUAUGAAGACAAACCUGAUACUACUUCUAGCAAAAAUAAAGACCCAAUAACAAUCGUUGACGUUCCUGCACACCUCCAGAACAGUUGGGAGAGUUAUUAUCUAGAAAUUUUGAUGGUGACUGGUCUGCUUGCAUAUAUCAUGAACUAUAUCAUCGGGAAGAAUAAAAACAGCCGCCUUGCUCAGGCUUGGUUCAACUCUCACAGGGAGCUUCUAGAGAGCAAUUUUACCUUAGUGGGUGAUGAUGGAACUAACAAAGAAGCCACAAGCACGGGAAAGUUGAACCAGGAGAACGAGCACAUCUAUAACCUGUGGUGCUCUGGUCGGGUGUGCUGUGAGGGCAUGCUUAUCCAGCUCAGGUUCCUCAAGAGACAAGACUUACUCAAUGUCCUGGCCCGGAUGAUGAGGCCAGUGAGUGAUCAAGUGCAAAUAAAAGUAACCAUGAAUGAUGAAGACAUGGAUACAUAUGUGUUUGCUGUCGGCACAAGGAAAGCUUUGGUGCGACUGCAAAAAGAGAUGCAGGAUCUGAGUGAAUUUUGUAGUGAUAAACCUAAGUCUGGAGCAAAGUAUGGACUCCCAGAUUCUUUGGCCAUCCUGUCGGAGAUGGGGGAAGUCACAGAGGGAAUGAUGGACACUAAGAUGGUUCACUUUCUUACACACUAUGCUGACAAGAUUGAAUCCGUUCAUUUUUCAGACCAGUUCUCUGGUCCAAAAAUUAUGCAAGAGGAAGGUCAGCCUUUAAAGCUACCUGACACUAAGAGGACACUAUUGUUUACAUUCAAUGUGCCUGGCUCAGGUAACACGUACCCAAAGGAUAUGGAGGCUUUGCUACCCCUGAUGAACAUGGUGAUUUAUUCUAUUGAUAAAGCCAAAAAGUUCCGACUCAACAGAGAAGGUAAACAAAAAGCAGACAAGAACCGGGCACGAGUGGAAGAGAACUUCUUGAAGUUGACACACGUGCAGAGACAGGAAGCUGCCCAGUCUCGGCGCGAAGAGAAGAAAAGAGCAGAGAAGGAACGAAUCAUGAAUGAGGAAGACCCUGAGAAACAGCGCAGGCUGGAGGAAGCUGCUUUGAGACGAGAGCAAAAGAAGUUGGAGAAGAAGCAAAUGAAAAUGAAACAAAUCAAAGUGAAAGCUAUGUAAAGUCAUGCCAGAGAUCUGAGUCCUGAUGCACCUGUGAGCCCUGCAUGUGCAGGAAACGGAAAAGCAUGAGUCCAUUUGUCAUCUUAAACUCCACAUACUCUUGGUGACUGAGAAGUCCUUAGUUGGUCAUGUGUUCUACUCUUGGCUUAGAGUUCUACAGAGUUGUAGAUACAGUGAAAGGGCUCUAUUUCAUUAAUUUUCUAAAGAUAAUCAAAAUUGUCUUGAUUAUUUAUAAGAGGAAUGAUAUAUAAAGUAUGUGUGUUGAAUAUUUUUAAAAUUAUAACAUGAAUCAUCACUGCUUUUAGAACUUCAUUGUUUGAAGAAUGAUCAUGAAUUUAUAGAUUGCUGUUUGUUUAAACUAGGCAGUUAUGAAAGAACUGGACUGACUAAACCAGGAUUCCACAAGUAACUAUUGGUAUUGCCCAAUAAACAUUGCUUGGUGUUUUCCUCUG